AUGAAGGAGAAAGUCCUAAAACAAGAAAUUGAACGAUGCGCAGAACACGUUCAGGAGAUUGUUGAUUUAGAAUCUGCAAAGGCUAUCUCUGAGUUUCAAUCAAAGGCAGAUGAAAACUAUCAAUGGCUAGAAGAACUGAAAACAAGAUACUCUAUGCGGAACGAUAAUGAGAACGACAUCAGACAAUUGAGGUCAAGACAUAAAGAGAAAAUUGAUGCACUCGAGGAGGAUGUUAAUUACUUUGAAAAGUUAUUGGACGAAAUGGAGGAAUUUGUGACGGAGUUAGAUGUUAAGCGCAAGCUAGCCAAUAAAAGACAAUCGCGCAGUAAAUGA